AUGGUUAAAGGCGGAAAAUUUAUUAUGAUGGACACGCAGAUUAAUAAAGAUUCGUUUACGGAGCAGAGGAGGGAUACCUCAGCCACGGCUACCGCAGGUGGGUUAGCAGCACCUGCGCGGUCGACAUCCAGCGACUGCUCGACGCUCUUGGUUGACCACUUGGCCAAGGGUAACACAAACGUCGACACACCAAGUGAAGGAAUAUUGAAGGCGACUGGGAGCUGUGGGAACGAGAUUCUCACGCUGCGAGAUGGGGCGAUUUCUCAGGAAGACUCUGGACUCGAGGAACUUCGGGAAGGCCUCAAAGAGACCCUGCGGACCAUCACCAGGAAGAGGACCGUGGCAUCUGAAGUUACUGCUGGAGUGAAGGAAGCUGCGUUGAUACUAACGCAGUUGCUUGUCCACCGCAAAGGCUGGAAGGAUGCCCAGAGGAAAUUAGCAGCUACAGAGCUGAAGGAGCGGGAGCACCUGGUUCAACAACUGCAGCGACGGGAACAACUUCUGAGGGAGGCACGGCAAACCGAGACCCCGAGCAAGAAAAAUGAGAAAGUCUCAGAGCAGAUGGAGGUAGAGCACUCGAGCCCACCAAAAGGGCCUGAAGAGUCAAUCGUGCUCACCUACUCUGAAGCCACAACCAGAGGUAACACUCCCUGUAAAAAUGAGGCCACGAAAGGGAAGCGGCCGUUGGCAUCGCCCGAGGAGGGUGAACGGGAGCAGAAAAAGAGGAAGGAGAAGGAAACCGUGGACAAAAAGUCAGGCGACGCAGUUUUCAUUGUUGUGGAAGGGAAGCGGAAAAAGAGAAACAGGAAGAAAAAGGAAAAGGCUGCGAAAACAGCGGGCAAUGGAGAGCAGGGACCAGGACAGGAUGGGACAACGAAUGGACCAGCGACGGAACGGACCACAGCACCCAAGGAGACCAAGCAGCGGAAGAUGCGACAACGGGCGGAGGCAGUACUGAUCUCACCAGGUGAGUCAAGAUCGUCUGGGGAUGUUUUGAAAGCUCUGCGAUCAAAACUAUCCCUAGAGGAUCUAACCACAAGUGUUAGAUCAAUAAGGACAGCCAGGAACGGCGGUCUUCUUAUUGAGUUCGAGGGAUCUGUUAAAGAUCACUCUGCUCUCGAUAAGAGGAUCACCGAGGCGGCUGGUGGGGUUGUUGCGGUGCGCCAUCUCGUCCCAACCACUACAGUGGUUAUCGACGGGCUGGACGCUGCAACAACAGUUGACGAGGUAAGGGCGACCUUGCGUCAGAGCAUCAAUGAAGGUGCGGACGAGCUCAAAGUUAAUAUAACUAAACCCAAUAAAUGGGGAGCUGUACGUGCCUUCAUUGAGGCAAGAUGCGCGGUCGCCACUGCCUUAGAGGCCUUGGGAAAGGUCAAAGUGGGCUGGUUGGUCUGCCGUAUCCGCCGCUGGGAACGGCUCGAUCGAUGCUUUCGCUGCCAUGGUCUUGGUCAUUCGGCCGGAUCAUGUAAGGUGAAAGUUGAUCGGUCGAGUCUUUGCUGGCGUUGCGGCCAGGCGGACCACCAGGCCAAGGCCUGUCCUAAUCCACCACGCUGCCACCUCUGUGCAGCAGUAGGAGACGGGCGAUCUGUGGAUCACACAAUCGGUUCGAGGCGUUGCACUUCUCAUAAAAAUGGCUAA